UCAUGAAUUAAUUAAUUGCUAAACAUACCUGAGUGUGAACAAGUUUAAGAACAUGGAAAACUCCGUGGAAUAUAAUUCAACCCAUUGCUUUCUCUUGUCUGUUUCUCAUCACUUUAUGUUUUCCUCUAUCUAUUGAACUAUGUCAACACGCAGCAAGCCAGCAGAAUGGUGUUUUCUGAACAUUCCAUGCCAUCAAUCGAGGAUUGAUUGCAGAUGAUAUUAUUCGAUCAUAACGUCCGUGCAGCCAUUGGAACAAAUGUUCACAUUAAUCUUCCCUUUAAAACUAUAUAUUCACUAAAUGAAACCUCCUUGAACCAGGGUUAUGUUAAACAUGGUCUUUCUCUGGUUUUCUGCGUUCCUGCUAACUUUCAGUGCCGCGCUUGGAGCGAGGGAUGUUGGUUUCCAGCACUCUAGGCCUGUUGGAGUUGUUCAUGGUACAUGCAAAACCAUGGUGGAGAUUUACGGCUAUCCUUGUGAAGAGCACACUGUGACUACUGAAGAUGGUUAUAUCCUGAGCAUUCAGAGAAUACCGAAUGGUCAUUCUAAUAAUGCAUACUCGAGAGCAAAUAAGAUCCCUGUUUUGCUUGAACAUGGACUUCUGAUGGAUGGGAUCACUUGGAUUCUGAAUCCACCCAGUGAAUCACUAGGAUUCAUCUUAGCAGACAAGGGAUACGAUGUGAUCGCUAAUGCUCGUGGUACCAAGUAUAGCAGUGGUCACACUUCUCUCCAGCCAAACGAUUCUGCAUAUUGGGAUUGGUCUUGGGAUGAACUCACUGCCUAUGAUCUUCCUGCCACUGUAAAGUAUAUCUACACCAAGACAGCAGAACAAAAGCUUCAUUAUGUUGGGCACUCUUUAGGAACACUGAUCGCCCUUGCCUCAUUCUGUGAAAAUGAGAUGAUGAACAUGUUCCGAUCAGCAGCCCUGCUCAGCCCUAUUGCUUAUGUAGAUCAGGUGGCAUCGGUUCUUGUGCAAGCUGCAGCAAAGACAUUCGUAGCAGAGGCUUAUUACUGGUUGGGUCUUCAUGAAUUCAAUCCAAAUGAAGAAGCAGUGCAGAACUUGCUUAAAAAUCUCUGCAAGCAACCCGGUGUCAAUUGCUACAACUUAAUGUCUGCAAUCACAGGCAAGAAUUGCUGCCUCAAUGCUUCAACCAUUGCUCUGUACCAAGAACAUGAACCUCAACCAACUGCAACAAAGAACAUGAUUCACCUUGCUCAGAUGAUUAGAAAGGGAACGAUAACGAAGUUUGAUUACAGCAAUAAAGAAGAGAACAUGAAGCAUUAUGGACAACCAACUCCACCUGCUUACAACAUGGCUUCGAUUGCAAAGAACUUUCCGAUGUUCAUUGCUUAUGGAGGCAAAGAUGAGCUUUCUGAUGUUCAAGAUGUUAAACACCUGCUAAAAAUACUGAAAUCUCACAACACUGAGAUUCACUAUCAGGAAAACUAUGCUCAUUCUGACUUUCAAAUGGCUGUGAAUGCUAAGGAAGUCAUCUAUGAACCUCUCAUGGCUUUCUUCAAGCUUCAUUAACAAGUGUGAAAAGGGUUACUGAAUUGAGAUUCAGAGAAUUGAUUAUUGGAAUUGGAAAUAACUGAUAAAGGAUUUGGUGCAUUUGGAUUUGGUUGUAAAUCAAAAUAUCACAUUGCUUAACAUUAAAUUUGAAUUUGGAGAUGAAUUAUUUCUGA